UUGCAACUUUCUUGUACCACUGCUGACGCUUCAAGCAUGGCUAUGAAUGGAGCUGCCAACCGAGGAUGCUACAACUGCGGACAGAUGGGGCACUUCAUGCGUUUCUGCCCAUUUCCGCCUCGGAGUCAAGUCGCUAAUCCAAACUCUGCUACAGUACCUGUACAGACACUUAUUCUCACAGCGCCAAACCAAGCUGGAGCGUACAAUGGGAAUACGGGGCAGUAUAAUCGAGGAGGUGGUGGCUGGAACUAUACCAACCAGCGCAUUGCUAACUUGGAGGAGCAAGUAUCGAAGUUUAAAAUCCAGUACAACGCCGAAGAGGAACGGGAGAAGAUCAAGAAAGAAGAGGAGGAACGAAGAUUGAAGAUGGAGGAGGAAGAGAAACAGAGAGAACAGGACAAAAAAGAUUGUGAAGCCGCAUACAAGAAGAUGGCAGACGAGAUGAAUGCACGUUUUGAUAAAGUAUCCGAAGUAUUGGAGAACAAGAAGACAAAGGAUAGCACAAGUGAGAUCAUGAAGUUGAAGGUACAGAUCGAAAAAUUACAAUAGCGGAAGGAUCAACCUUCUAGUAGCAAUGCGGUUAUCGAGAACGAUACGAUGAGGAGACUUAGAGAGUUGGAGGAGUUCAAGAGAAGUGCACAAUCUGAAGCGGACCGACGGGUGACCUUGCUUGAAGAAGAAGUCAACAUGCUGAAGCUACUUCACAAACGUGUUCAAGACGAGGCAGAAUCCUGGAAACAAGAGGUCCUUCGGCCUGGAAAGAAACGAGGCAGUAUUGCUAUCGAAGCAUCGCCAACUUUGCUCG